GUGCACAAAAAUCUUGCAUAGUGGACACUCCCCUUUAUUAUUAUUAUUUAUAUUUAUUCAUUUCCAUUGAUCAUAUUGGAGUAAAAGUAAUAAACAAACUACAUACUAUGUAUGUCGACAUAGAAAGUAUCUAUUUUUUCACUACAAAUAAUGUGGCAGUGGUUUUUCUGUUAUUUUGUCCUGUGCUGAUGAAUUUUAUUUAUUAAUACUGUAUAUAUUGGAAGGAAUUGACAGAUCAACCACUCUAAUUUUCGUGAUUAUAUUUAUAAUUCGAAUAUGCGAAAACUUGAUCUUAAAUUUUUACGAAUAACUCGCUGGACAGUGUUCGUUCCACUUUUUGUUUACAUAUGUUUUUUGUUAAUAAAAUAUAAUAGUGAUAUCAAAUUGAAUAAUGAAAAUUCAUCAGAAGAUGAAAAAAAACUUAAAGAUCUUCUUUUUAAUUUACCAAAUGUAGCAGAUGAUAAUGCUGAUAGUUAUAAUAAAAAUCACACUUAUAAACAAUCAGACAUAAUAAAUGAAAUUGAAAAGGCAGAAAAUCAAGAAAAUCCACGUUUUUUGCUUGAAGAUGUAUUUCACAGAGCUGAUGCAAAUGAAAAUUCUGAACUUGAUAUCCAUGAGCUAUCAAGGUGGAUUCAUAAAAAAAUAGUUGAUCAUAUUGAUCGAGCAAUGAGAGAAAAUAUAGGAUUAUUUACAGCAAUUGAUAAUAAUCCACGUAAUGGUGAAAUAUCUUGGAAUGAGUAUCAUUCAUAUUUUCUUCGUUCACAUGGCUUAUCAGAGUCAUAUAUUUUGUCACACAAUAAAAGACAUGGAGCUUUAACAAGAAGUUUAAAAGAAAGUAUUAUGAGAGAUCGAGCAAGAUGGACUGAAACUGCCAGAAAUGAUCCAGAUAUAUUGACUCUAGAUGAAUUUCUAUCUUUUACCCAUCCAGAAAGUAGUCAUCGAGCUUUGCUGCAAAUGGUUGAGGAUCUGUUUGAAAAGUUUGAUCGUGAUGGUGACGAACAAUUAACAGAAGAUGAAUUUGCUGAUUUACCCGUUGACAGUGUUGCCCUUGAGCUACAUGAGGAACCACGACCCAAAGCUAUUAUUGGAGGCAGUGAAGGUCGACGACAAGAAUUCCGAUAUCUUAUUGAUAAAAAUUCUGAUGGAAUGGCUGAUCGAACUGAGCUUUUGGUGUAUAUUGAUCCGAGAAAUCCAAGACAUGCAAUCCAAGAAGCCCAGCAUCUGAUUGAUGUCUCUGAUACAAAUCAUAACAAAAGAUUAACACUCUCUGAGGUGCUUAGUAAAGCUGACUUAUUUCUUGGCAGUAAAAUGGUCGAUACUGAAAAGAGUUUUCAUGACGAAUUUAAAAGGUAAAUAACAGUUAAUUUCGUUUUUUUUUUUCUUUUAUGUUUGAUUUAAACUUAAAAAAGUGACUGGAAUAUAUAGACAAUAUCUGUGAUAGUUUAUAUUUAAGAGAGGAAUCAAUUUUCUAUUCAUAACAAUGUUUGUUUGUUUUGUUAUUUUUUUUUUAACAUUCAAAUCAGCUUUAUAAA